CGGCCAAUCAGCGCCACUCCCUUCUCCGCUCUCGUCGCCCCUCCCACUCCAUAUUUGGGUAAUGACGUCGCGGGGCGCAUUCAAAAGUUUCCCCAUAUAUACAAACUAGUGGCAGGGCCCGCGUUCCCUACACGAGUGAUAUACUUGAGCCCGGUGUAAACUUCAAGAGCAGUCAGAGCGCAUUAAGCGCAGCGCACACACGGAGCUCAUCCACCCACAUCCACAGAGGCAGAGAGGGAGAUGCAGCGGUGACCCACGCUAGACUGGGUCACUCACUGUUCCGUUGUUUGUCGUGCGAGCUUGGAAGAGAAAUAAGACUAGACCUAGACGCGUCCUCCUCUGCGCAAUGACGGCCAAAACUCUGGAGAAGGUGCCGAUGAAUCUCGGUGGGUUCGUGCAUCCCGUAGCAGACAGCGUGUAUUCCAUGGAUGACAUCGCCGCCAGCAUGCCGACCUCUGUGGCAAUCUUCCCCAACACAGAUUUAGGAGCGCACUACGACCAGAUGAACGUGGCAGCAGAUGGUUUGAUGGGCGCAGACAUGAGCACAGAGAAGCGCUCUCUGGAACUCUCCCCCUACACCGGCGGUUUCUCUCAGCCCGCGUCCCACCGCAAUCAGACCUUCACCUACAUGGGAAAGUUCUCCAUCGACUCCCAGUAUCCAGGUAACUGGAACCCCGAGGGAGUCAUCAACAUCGUCUCGGGCAUCUUCAACGUGGCCCAGCCGCCGCCUCCUCCUCCUCCCUCCUCUUCAGCGUCCUCCUCACCGGCUUCUUCUGGAUCUCCUAGUCACUUCUCCAGCGGAAAUUUGAGUUGCACCAUGGCGGCUCCGAACCAGGCAGAGAUGGACCAUCACCACCACCUCUACUCCCCACCUCCUCCUUACUCCUCCUCAGGUUGCGGGGAGAUGUACCAGGACACCUCGGCUUUUUUGUCCACUUCCACCUGUCCCAUCGCGUCCUACCCGCCGCCCUCCUACUCUUCUCCUAAGCAGCCCAUGGGCUCAGACGCACCGGGGCUUUUCCCCAUUAUCCCAGACUACUCUGGCUUCUUCCAGCCGGCUUGUCAGCGGGACAUGCACACGGCAGGUAUCCAAGAUCGGAAACCGUUCGGCGCAUGCACGCUCGACUCAUUCCGCGUGCCUCCACCCUUGACCCCGCUGAACACUAUUAGGAACUUUACGCUCGGGGGUCCGGGUGGCGGCGUCUCCGAAGGCGGUCCACCGAGGCUUCCCUCUGCAUACAGCCCACAGAACCUGCCACUGAGACCGAUCCUGCGGCCCAGAAAGUACCCGAACAGACCCAGCAAGACGCCCAUCCAUGAGCGUCCGUACCCAUGUCCCGCUGAGGGCUGCGACCGGCGCUUCUCUCGUUCCGACGAACUGACCAGACACAUCCGUAUCCACACUGGACACAAGCCGUUCCAGUGUCGGAUAUGCAUGCGCAACUUCAGCCGCAGCGACCACCUCACCACGCACAUCCGCACGCACACCGGAGAGAAGCCGUUCGCGUGUGAUUUCUGCGGCCGGAAAUUUGCGCGGAGCGACGAGAGAAAGAGACACACUAAAAUCCACCUGAGGCAGAAGGAGAGGAAGUCUUCCACUGUCUCCUCCUCGUCCUCCUCCUCGUCCGGCAGCACCGGGCUGGAGCGGUCAUCAGGCGGGAUCAGCGCAUCCAACGGGAUCUGUCCAUAGUUUCAAAAACUUAGUCACCGUGGCUGCGUGACGCACACUAACACCCAGAAAAAGGAAGAGACCGUCGAAUAAUGAUCCUGCAACUGUUGUGAACUAAAAAUAGCAGAUGAUCUGAUGGGAAUAAACAACAACUUCUUACGCAGCCGUGCGCAAUUACGCACAUCCACAUAUUCCUGCUCCAGAAAAGAAAAGAAAAACAGACUGACACGAAUGCACUUUCCCUGCACAGUCUACUGAACAUUCAAGCAAAUAUAGCCAUCAAUGAUGCAUAUAAGGAUUCGCAUUUGUAAUAAAGGGGACUGUAAAAAAAAAAGAAGAAAGAUUUAUGAGCGCGCAGGAGGCAGCAGCGCGUUCACGUGUAAAAUAAUUGCAAUAACGUUUUAAACAAAGGAGUUUAAUUAUCUUUUUUAAGUUAUUACAUUGACAAAAGUGUUCAUUCUAACAUGUUUGUUGACGACUGUAUCUCCCCCUUUAGUGCCUUGAUGCGUGUCUUUUUUGUACGUGCAGGUUCAAGGACGCUCGUAUAACAACAUUGUGUAUUUGUCUUUAAUAUGUACAGUGGAGACGUUUCUAUUUUUGUAUACAUUUCGUGUAACUCCGAGUGUUAAGCCGUGGCAGUUCACUUGUAAAAAAGAAAGAAAGAAAAACCUGGAGUGUAAAUAUGUUGAACUAAUACCGACUUGACUCUUUGUUGUGAUGUGUGUUUUGAGACUUAUUAAAUCUAUGAAGAUGCUAAACACAAGAAUCCGUUUGAU